GUAUUUCUUUGUGAAUUUUUUGACGUUUUAUUUUCUAAAUGCUAAACAUUUAUACGAAUUGCUAAGAGAAACAAAAUUUUACUACUAAAAGCUUUUUUAUUCAAAAAUUUAUAAAAUGUUUGUCGUCCUGUGACGUCACGCUUGGGGUAUUUCCCAAAAAUUGUUGCAAUCGAAAGUAGAAAGGUAUGGCCGACAAACGAGAUUUUCGCGGAAGAUUUGCUUCGGAUAAGGGUAAAAGGCGCAGGAAACCCAAACUUAUCGUUGACCAUAACUAUGCCAAUGUUUUCCUGUGUGAUGGAGACGAUUGUAAAAGGAAAAAGUGUCCAAGUGCCUUGCAUAUGACUUUACCGCAAAAAGUAAACAAGAAUGGUUGGACAGUGGGUCGGAGGCUCAUUGAACUGAAUGUACUGCUACUCCAUCUAAAAUCAUGCCGAAAAUGCAUGCUUGGCCCAGUGCCACUUAUGUACAGCAACAUCGUUGGUGAAUUGCAAAAAGGUUUAGGCGGAUAUCUAUAUGUUGUGUGCCAAAACCCAGACUGCAGCCACAUAAAUCGAGUGCCAUAUGGGAAGACCCACCAUAUAAAAAACAAGGGGAUGCCAUGCUUUGUUAUAAACACGAAAUUUGGAGCAGCUAUGAUUGACAGUUUGGGUGGUGCAGAGAAAGUGAACAAUCUCCUAGCAGUCCUGAAUUUGAAGGCGAUUCAUCUGAAGAACUUGAAACUAAUGGUGCUGAUGAGGCUAUUCAGGAGGUGUCCAGAGAAUCCUGCAAAAAUGCUGCAAAAGAAGCUUUUGAAAAAGAAAUGAGUGAUAUUGCCCGGCAAGAGACUGAGCAAGCACAUGAGCAAAUGGUAGGAGAGAUUGAUGACCUAGGAGUGUGUCCUCUCCCUGGAGAAUCUCCAUCACUUCAGGAUUGGUCAUAUGGAGGCAAUUGAUAUAGAACGCAUACCUGACGCUAUUGCCCGUGGCAACUUCAAACCAGUCGUCAUAGAUGGAGAGCCAACCAUCAUAACAUUUGAUUUAGAAACAACUGGACUUAUUGUGCACAGAGUGAUGCCGGACAUAACACAGAUAGCUGCAAGUGACCAGUCGGGAAAGACAUUCAAUGUCUAUGUCAACCCAAUCCAGCCGAUAAAUCCGGAAGCAACGACAGUGACUGGAAUUUCAUUUGUGAAUGGAGAAAUGAAAGUUCGAGGACAGAUAGUUCAAUCUGUACAUGUGAAGGAUGCUGUUAGCCAAUUCUUGUCAUGGUUGGAGCAGUUUAAAAAUGUUGUUUUAUGUGCCCAUAACGGAAGAAGGUUCGACUUUCUGAUCCUAGUUGAACUGCUUGAGAAACUUCAUCUUAGUGAAAAGUUUAGUGAAAUAGUUCCUGCUUUGUUGGACACAAUGAGCAUAUUCAGGAAACAAUAUCCUAAAAGUUCACUGAAACAAGAAGAUCUUGUCAAAACUCAUUUAGGAAUUACAUAUGAUGCCCACAAUGCUGUUUGUGAUGUUAUUAGUCUGGGUAAGCUUAUCUCAUAUAUGAAUAUUGACAAAAAAGAACUUAUCAAAAACACCUUUUCCGUAUCUGCAGUUUAUAACAAUUUACAAUUCAAUAAUGCAAAAGCUAAGAAUAUCCAAUCUCUUGAAGUCUUGAUUUACUCAGGAGUGUGUAAAAGACCCACUGCAGAAAAUGUGGCCGGGUCAGGUUUGAACCUCGGAUACCUUCGGCUCAUCCAUAAACGUCGAGGCGAGGACGGACUACGUGAAGUUUUUACUUCACUCAACAAUGAAGGACUUCCAAGAGUAACCAAUUCUAAAAAAGUACUGGAAGACUUUAUACCAAAAUUGAUAAACUAUUUACUGAAGUAACAUGUAUAAAUUAGAAAAGUACUGAAAGUUUGUAGCAAAAUACAGCGAACCGAAGAAAAUCUGAAAAUUAGGGUACACAUUUUCUAACUUUUAUUUCUUUACUUACAGACGGUAAAUUAUUUUCAAAUUGUGUUGUUGUAUUCAUUUGAAUAUAUAGAUAACAUCUAUGUAUAGUUUAGUGAUGGCAUUACUUACAUUAUUCGAAAAAAAAUAUGUUUUUGUGUAAGGACAUGCUAUUUUUUCCAAAUAUUUUAAGGAUUUUUUGUAUGUCAGAGUUCAAUUUUUCUUACAAAAAUAAGAUUUUAUUGAAUAAAAUAACACCAUAAUAGUUUUUUUUUUUAAUUGAGAAACUAUUUU